AUGGAAUCUAUGGAAGUAGACACUGCAGAAAAUGAUUCUUCAAUCAAGAUUGAGGUGGAUUCUGGUAGUACUGACGCGGAAAUCGGAUCAAAUGAAACGGAUGGCUUCGAAGUUUCAGAACUCAAGUUUCGCCAUGUCGUCAAAAAUGUUCAUAAGCUUGUUUACGGAUCGACCAGCCCUUCUGCCGCUCACUUCAUUCGGGGCUUGCCAUGGAAAAUCUUGGUGAUGCCUCGUCCGAAUCGUGAAGGCCAGACAGUGUCUAUCGGGUACUUUCUCCAGUGCAAUUCCGACUCGGACUCUAUCACCUGGUCUUGCUCUGCUACUGCGCACUUGCGCGUGUUGCCACAUGAUGUGUCAAACGACAACGUCGACAUUGACAAAUGUUCGAAGAGAAUUACCCACAUAUUUCACUCAAAAGAAAAUGACUGGGGAUUCUCUCACUUUUUAUCUUGGGAAGAUGCGACCGACCCUUCGAAAGGAUAUUGUUCUCCGGACUACACUCUCACCUUCGAGGCGGAAGUCUGCGCCGAUGCUCCGCAUGGCAUUGCCUGGGACAGCAAGAAACAUACAGGCUACGUGGGACUCAAAACCAGGACCCUUUUCUUCACCACAAAACUUCGUUCCGCUGUUUACCAAAUGCCUACAGAUUUUGACGAACAGUCCGUUCCACUCGCUCUCCAGCGCGUCUUUUACGAGAUUCAAUCUCAAGACAAACCCGUCGGCACGAAGAAACUGACCAAAUCUUUUGGCUGGGAAAGCCUGGAUUCAUUCAUGCAACAUGAUGUACAAGAGUUUUGCCGCGUUCUGCUAGAUAAUCUGGAAUCAAAGAUGAAGGGUACUAGCGUCGAAGGCACUAUCAAUAAUCUGUUCGAAGCUAAAACAAUUUCUUACAUCAAGUGUAAAAAUGUUGACUAUCAGUCCCGCCGCGAGGAAAUCUACUACGAUAUAUCACUGCCCAUCAAAAACAACAAGUCCAUCAUUGAAUCCUUCAAGGAGUACGUCAAGCCCGACUUAUUAGAAGGCGACAAUAAAUUCGAUGCUGGUAAAUUUGGACUUCAGGACGCCGAGAAAGGCGUCACCUUCAAGGACUUUCCCCCUAUUCUUCAUAUCCAUUUGGUGACACUUUUGAAAGAAUUGUCCGAAAAGACUGAUAUUCCUGUGCAUUUGGCAACUAAAUUCACUGAAGAAAGGGAAAUUGAAGCGAUCAAGCGAAAAGAAAAGAACGAAGCUCACUAUUUUAUGACGGUGAAUAUCAUUUCUGAUGAGCAAUUUGGUGGACAUCAGGGCUCUGGUCUAAUCGAUCCAGACUGUAUCAGUUUUAGGACAAUCAAAGCCAGGAAGGACUUGAGCUGGGCGAAGCUGAAAGUUAAGCUAGCCGAUUACCUUGGGUGUGACGAAGAAACGUUCAGAAUCUGGUUUUUCAAACGGAAGUAUAUUCGCAGCAAUAAUGCGGACCAUGAGACAUGGCGUCCAGAGUUUAUCGAUGAAGAUGAUAUGGAGAAGUACGUCUCGCAAGUGAGUAUCGAUUACAAAAACAAUGGCCAAGAUGCUUCUACAACAGUCUGGCUCGAGCUACCGAAUGUUGCGACUGCCCAGCUUCAGUCCUUCUAUACUAAAAGAGAUUUGCUGAUCUUCCUUCGUCUCUUCGACCCGGACAGCGGAACUAUUGCUUAUUGCGGCCAUCUGAUCGUGCCCAUCAGCUCCAAGCUAAAAGAUCUCAUUCCAGAAAUGACGCGAAGGGCGUUCUGGAAUGAGCAACCCGCAGAAGACGAAAUACUCAUGUUUGAAGAUCGGCAUUUAGGCUACUGCAUUCACCUGAAAGACUUGAACGCGUCGAUGAAUGAAGCACUCCUUUUUCAAGGCGACAGGUCCGGGUUCGCCGAAUGGAAACGAUGCCGAUAUCGAAGACGGCGUCGUUUUGAUAUUUCAGCCUCUGGUAUUCGCAAUGUUGCCGAGUACUUCCGCGAUCAAGCGAACAGUCAUGAAGUCGUAUUCCACAAUGUUGAAAUUCCCAAUGAUCCCGGCUUCGUAGUCAGGCUUAAUCAGCGAGAGAAUUACCAGCACAUGGCGAGUGAAGUGGCCCGCGUUCUCAACAGGGAUCCAAAGAGAAUUCAAUUCUUCAAAGUUCCGCCGUACGCACGAGACGGCAUCGGCCAAGUAGUCAAAAGCACUGAAAAGCGCACAAUAGAAGAUAUCAUCUACCUCCCCAACAACAAGCGCUUCAUGAUGUACAUGCAAGGUGAACGCGAAAGCAAGAAAAAUAGAAAGAAAAUGUUCUAUCAGUUAAUCAGCAUGGACAUUGCUCAAUUCGAAACAAAAAACCAGCUACCUAUAAAGUUCCUAUUCGCAGACAUGCGUGAAGUUGACAUGAUCCUUUACGCGAAUCCGAAAUCUACCAUGAAAGACCUUUUGGACGAAGUGCGCACAAGAAUUCCCGACCUAGCCAGUGAUUCAGAGCUGCGUAUUCUUGAGUACAUUAACACAAGAAUAAUAACCAUUCUUGCUCAUUCGAAAGAAGUUGAAUUUGCAAGCUACGCGGCGCACGGUGCGAGCAAUCAGCGACACAUCAGAAUCGACGAAGUCCCAGAGGCACAUAGAUCCUUCGCGCCCGGGGAAAUUCUCAUCCAAGUGGGCCACUUCCACAGCUCAGUCCAGAACGCGUUCGGCACGCCGUUCUUUGUCAAGAUUUGCCACGGGGACACGAUCAGAAGUGUCAGGGACAAGAUCAAGUCGCAAUUGAAUGUUUCCGAAAAGGAAUUCGCAAAGUGGAAGAUUGCGCUUAUACAGUCAUCACGUCCUCGUUAUUACACGGAAGAAGAAGAGGACACAGUAAUUGACACGAAAGGGCUGCAAGUAGAAGAGUGCGGCGGCGUGCCCCUCGUUAACAACAGAAUAUGGAUCGGACUAGAUCACCCGCUGCGCCAGAAGCCAAAGCCGAAACAGGCCCCUCUUCCGCCGAUAACUAUCCGAAACUAG